AAUAUAGUAGUAACAAAAGGGGAACAAAAACACAAAGAAAAAGGAGCUGUUUCCUGUUUCCUUAACCUCGGAUCCCCUCUCUCCCCAAAACCCUAACCUCAAACAAAUCAAAUUCCUCAACCAUUUCUCUCAAACAAACAUGGCAUCCUCAAUCCAUUUCACAAUAAUAUUCACACUAACAUUAUUCUUCACAAACAUACCUUUCUCAAUUUCCAUAACAACCAACAAAAUCACUUCAAUAUACGACGUUCUCAAUUCCCAUGGUCUCCCUGUUGGUCUAUUACCAAAUGGAAUUACAAAUUUCUCAAUGGAUCCUUCAUCGGGUCGGUUUGAAGCCCAUUUACCACAAUCUUGUGCGGCCCAAUUUGAAACCCAUUUAAGAUAUGAUAGUACUGUGUGUGGGAUACUUAAUUAUGGUCAGAUUUCGAAUAUAUCUGGUGUUACUGCUCAAGAAUUGUUUCUUUGGUUUGCUGUUAAAGGGAUACGUGUUGAUAUACCCAGUUCUGGGUUGAUUUAUUUUGAUGUUGGGGUUGUUUCUAAGCAGUUUUCGCUUUCUUUUUUCGAGACACCCCGUGACUGUACUGUUACUAAUGAUGAUGGGGUUGAUGAUAAUCUUGUUUUAUUCGAUAAUGGUGGAAGAAUUGUUGAGAAUCAAUCAAGGAAGUUAAUUAAAGAACGUCCAGGAAAGAGCAAGGCGAGAGCUGUAUCCUAAAUUGGAGAGAAAGAAAUCUUAGUUAAGGAUAAGGCCAUGUCGGUGAAUUACUGGUUCUUACUCAAGGAGCAUAUCCAAGAGUCCAUUUUCACCUUUGUGUGAUUGCUAUAUCUGACUUGUGGCAAAGUUGUUGAAAUGGAGGAUUUCAAGGUAAUGGUAACCUGGUUCCUGCAGGUGAUGUAUGGCACUAUAUUACUGAGUUUGUAGAUGUACAGUUGUUACAAGUGUAUCAUUUUGUUCUAACCAUGUAUACGCCUUGGCAUAAUUUUAGCUUUUGUAAAUUGAAAAAGUGAUGUAUGUCUGAAAAUGAAGUUGAGGUAAUUGUUAUGCUAGUCUUGCGUUAUUGGUGA